AAGUCUUCAUUCUUCAUCGUUGAAGUGCUAAAUAAAACCGUUUGGGUGAACUGAACUCACAAGGAUUUUCAAGGGAUUAAUGAUCUAACGAACGCAAGUGAGGAAAGGAUCUCUGUUACUGCAGUUCGAAGUUGUAAGCACAGGUUUCUUCAAAAUGUUGUUGUGCUUUGGGGUUUUGAUAGUGUGCUGUUCCUUUGUAAAAGGGCAAACUCCACCAGACAUCACACUAUUUGCUGAGAAUAGAACAGGAAAACUGACACUUGAUGAGCCCAGUGAUGUGAAAAAGGAAUUUAAAUUGUUGUGCAGAACUACUGGCUCAACACCAAUGACCUUUUCCUGGAAACAYAAUGGCAAACCAGUCGUUGAAGGAAGGGGGAUCUCAAUUAUAAAUGAUAAAAAGAAACCUAAUGAACAAGUUUUGUGGUAUGAUGGUGUAACACCUCGUGAUGAUGGGAAAUACCAGUGCUUAGUUAAGAAUGCAUAUGGUGGGACGUUUACAAGAAAAAUGCGAGUCAAAGUAACCUAUGCUGAUGAUUUUGAAGAUUCAGACUCAGUUGUUCAAAAUUUAGAUAAUAUAGUUGUUGGUUCGCCAUUACGUUUGGUUUGUCCAAAACAUAGUGGAAAAGCAGCUCAUAAAGACUUUGGGGCAAUUCACUUUUGGGGCAGAAAAAAGGGUGCUUUAGCACUUCAAACACUUGCAACUGRUAAAAAAAAUAGAGUUCUUCUGCCAAAUGGAGACUUUCUGUUUCURCAUUUGACCCAGGAUGAUGUUGAUACAAUCAAAGGUUUCUACGAUGAAGCUGUCCAAUGUAUUGUUACUGCAGGGAACAGUAUUUUCUACUCAAAGCAAUUCAAAUUGAAGGCACCAAUUAAAACUGGUAUGUAUUAUAUAAUACCAUAUUUACCCAUGUAUAAGCCGCUCUCUUUAUACUGUUUUUUUCCUUUGAAAAGUCCUGUACCCAAAAUAAAAUGGUUAAGACUUAAUAAUGACCAAACCGAGUCGAAAGAAAUUGAGAAUGGAAAAGGUGGGUUUUUGUUGAAAGACAACGGAGUGAUACUACGCAUAGAACCUGUGUCAAAAACCCAACAUGAAGAUGGAUACUAYCAGUGUGUGGCAUCCAAUGGAGUAGGCAAAGAUGACAAGACUAAACCAACUAAACUGCAAGUAGUUGUUCCUCCACUGUGGACCACUGAACCUCCAAGUGAAUACUCAAUUCCUAUUGAAUCAGAUGAUUCGUUGCUUUGUGAAGCACUUGGAUCACCUCCACCUAGUUAUAAAUGGUACUACAAUGGGACUGCCUUUAAAUCAGAUGAUGAACUCUAAUAAACCAGACAUCCUGAAAUUUGGACCUUUCUAUCUAUUCAAGGGAACAAAUGCCACCCUCAAAUGUGAAUCAAAUGCUGCUCCUCGUGCAGACCACACCUGGUAUCACAAUGGCAAGAAGCUCGAAAUAAAAGGUCGCUAUUCGCUAGAUAAACAGGGUUCUCUUAUAAUCCGUGACGUGGUUGAUUCUGAUGGUGGAAAGUAUAAAUGCGCAGCCAAGAAUUCCAUCGGAAAUGAUGAAGCAACGGAAAGUUCUACUGUUUAUGAAAGGACUGUCAUCAUYCGCAAGUCUCCUGCAAAUGUCAUCAUCACSCUGGACAAACCACUUGAYUUACAGUGUGARGCGAGGGCCGACCCAAGGCURAAAGCUUUCCUCAAGUACAAAUGGCUAAAGGACAAUGCUCCCUUGAAGUAUGACAGCAGAGUGAUAUGGAUGGGAAGUAUGAAUAUYCUAAGAAUCAAAAAAGCAAUUGUCACCGAUGGCGCCAUGUACAAGUGUGUUGCWUACACUGACACUAAGCAAUAUUCAGAAGAUACUUUUACUACAAUUGCUGAUGUUGAAGGUGUUCCGUCCCCUCCAUUUGACCUGUCAAUUACUGACUGUAGCAAUGCAAGCACAACAAUUUCCUGGAAAAAAGGCAAAGAUAACGACUCACCUACCACAAAAUUUAUUGUAGAGCAGGAAUCAACRUAUGCACCAGAGGAAUGGAUAGUCAUUGCCAACAUUAGUCAACCAAAUGCACGRAAGUACACUCUGCCRCUKACACUGUGGGCCGACUUGACRUUCAGAAUGAGGGCAGUGAAUAAGAUAGGGCCAAGUAGAGCAAGUCUUCCUACUGGAAAAAAACAAUGUAUCACCAAGCAAGGAUUGCCAACAGAGUUUCCCAAAAAUUUGAGAGGUAUUCCUGGAAAAGCAAAUGAGUUGGACAUUGCUUGGACAGCRAUGACUAAACUGCAAGCAAAUGCCCCAGGUCUCCGAUAUAUCCUCUUCUAUGAAAAAGCUGAGGAUUACGAAAAGAAUAAUAAACAAUUUAUAAAAAAGGUCACCAUCACAGAUCAUACAACCGAGCGUUUCAAAGUACCAAAUGCAGGUUAUUACAUCAAGUGGAAGUUCCAGAUUGUAGCACGGAAUAAUAUUGGCCCCGGUCCAGUCAGUAACAUCCAGGAAUCAUACUCWGGUCAGAAUGCACCAACAGGCAGACCAACAGAUGUUCAAAUUGGUAAAAUUUUUGCUCGUAAAAUUGAGUUAUCGUGGAAUAGGGUAGACAUUGAAGGCCGUGGAAGUAUUGAUGGUUAUAAGAUCUACUACUGGGGUCAAAGUAAGAGUGAUUCAACAAACAUAAGAAGUAGAAGAGAGAUCCCACCUGGUGCGUCUGUAUUUAUAGCAGAACACACUACAAAAGACAGACAGAAAGUCACYGUGACUGGUUUAACUCCUUAUAGCUCUUACACCCUGGCUAUAAAAGCAUUUAACAGUGGUGGAGAAGGACCCUCAAGUGAUGAACUCAGCUUUGAUACCAAAGAAGAUGUUCCAGGAGAGGUUUCAACCUUCAAAGCCUAUGCCUUUUCAAGCUACAUCUUUGCAUCUUGGGGUGAACCUUUGGAAAAGAAUGGAAUCCUUUUGGGUUACUCCAUUGCUGCUGUCAAGUAUAAAGAUAACCAGAAGAUCAAAGUCCCACCAGAAAGUGCUUUUGUGAACGUUGAAACAAAUAAAUUUGAGCAUCUGUUUGAUAACAUGGAGGCAAAUUCUCGAUAUGUUGUUUAUCUUAGAGCUAGGACUAAGAUUGGACCUGGACCAGAUCAAAGAGCUGACUUGAAGACCAUUUCUCCAGCCAGUGCUGGGAAGCGAGUUAGUACACCGUUUUAUAAGACRCCGUGGUUUAUAAUCUURAUGGUGCUCAUCUUGUUGCUGUUUAUCCUUUUACUGGUCGCCAUUUUGUAUACGAGAAAAAARGGAGCCAAGUAUCCAGUUGGUAAAAGAGAAAAGGAAAGGGCCGGAAUACUUGAUCCGGCAGACGAGGAAGAUAUGGUCGACAUGGGACCGAUGGACGACAAUCCCCCACCCUACCCUAGUCAGGGGUCUUUAGAAAAGCACAAUCUCUCAGACGAUGACCGUGACAGUUUGGAUGACUAUGGUGAAGGCCCACAAUUCAAAGAAGAUGGCUCUUUCAUUGAGGAAUAUGGUGACGACAGGAAGAAACURUCUGACGACAAGGACAAGUCUGCUACCGCAACAUUUGUGUGAUUGGGCUAAAUUAACUGAUAUAUUUAUAGUUCAUCUGUGACUAAAAAURACGUCACGUGCUAUGAUGCAAUAGGUUUGACGUCAAAAUUUGUCGGAACAUAUCCACAAAAACUCGAGCUUCGCGGCAAAUGUUUGCUCUCGCGUUUGAAGUAAACUAGGACAAUUAUAGGAUUAUCUAUAGAWAUUGAUUAACUAAAUUAAUACCAGCUUUAAUUUUCAUAAAACAGAUAGACCUCUA